AUGUCGGUCCGCAUCAUCGCCACAGGUGGCCAUUCCGGCCUCGGAUUCGAAGCACUCAAGACCCUUCUCGCCUCUCCUGCCUUGGCUGCGGGCUGCAGCGUCACUCUGAUGGUGCGAGAUGAGCAGGCCCCUCCAGUGACUCUCGCUCGCCGCAAACUGAUCGAGCAAUACAAUGCAGCAAGACCCGCCGCUACAACGAGCUCCGUGCCUCGUCUCUCCGUAGAUACUCUCAGCAUGGAUCUGUCCUCACUACCUUCCGUUCGCAAAGCUGCUGCUGCUAUCCAGACGCAACUGCAAACAGAUGUAGAGCCAGCAUCGGGGCAAGACAUCUUUCUUCUCAAUGCUGCUGUCGCCAAAUCUUCACGAGAGACGGUGAUAGACGCAGACAGAGCUUCGGGCAGCGUCUCUUAUCCUUCGGACCAUCUGGUCACCGACGACAGCCACAUCGAGACUUCCGCGUGCGUUAAUCACAUCGCACAUCUCGUCUUCAUCUCCUCGCUCGUCCCUACAAUCACGGCAAAUGCGAAGAAAGGUCGCAAGACACGGAUCGUAUUCACCGGUAGUGCUCUCCAUCGCUCCGUCAAAUAUCUCUCCGUUCUCGGCAGUUAUUUUUCGUCCUCCUCGCACGAUAGCUCGUCACCCUGGACACUGCGCGAAACAUACGCGGCUUCCAAGUUUCUGCAGAUGCUAGGCGUCCGUGCUCUUCGUCACCGCAUCGAAGCUUCGCUGAAAGCAGCCGCAGUGCCAUCCGACCGUGUCGAAGUUGUCGUUGUCCAGCCGGGAUUCGUACCACAGACUGGACUCUCGCGCGAGUCAAGCCUGCUGACGCGCUUCGCCAUGUCGUAUGUGCUUCCAUGGGCGCCUUUCACCACAAGCCUCGACGAUGCGGGCAAGUACAUUGCCGAUGCUUGUAUCAUCGAUUUGUCGUCAUCCGAGGUGCAAUCUGACGGGCAGGAUGGGUUUCACUCUCAAGACACUCAUGUGCGCUCAGCGCUGCUUGAGGUGCAUGCCAGAAAGCAACGCUUUGGUACGCUAGAUCCACGCACGGCAGAUGUCCAGCUGCAACAGCGGUGGUGGCCGUCUGCAUGCGACCUUUUCUGA